AUGGGGCGCACUAAACGCCCGGAGCAGCCCCAGACCCCAAGGCACCCCUCACAGGGCCCGCUGGACGGUUACCUGCAGCCGCAGACAGGAACGAGCGGAGACUCCGGGAGUCCCAAAAUGGCGGCACCAUCCACCUCAGGACCGGCACUCGACCGGAUUGAAAGUACCCUGCGGGACCUGGCAGCAGCCAUGGUCAUGAAAACUGACCUCCAGGCUAACACUACUGCUAUCCAGGAAACCCUGCGGACGGAGAUCGCAGGGAUCCGCACGGAACUCGCAACGCAAGCAGGCCGCAUCACAGUGGUGGAGGAGGCGAACGCGGCCCUCACGACCCGCAUGGCAGCUACUGACACAGCAGUGGCAAGACAAGGUGAGAUGUUGCUCUCCAUGCGUCGGCACCUCGAAGAUGUGGACAAUAGGGGCAGGAGAUGCAAUAUACGUAUCCGUGGUGUGCCAGAAACAGAAGGGUCGGAAAACGUAAUUGAAAUCCUUAUGGAACUCUUCCGCUCCCUAUUACACCCGACCCCGCUGCCAGAGAUAGAAUUUGAGCGAGCACAUAGGGCCCUGCGACCUUGCAAUGUGGAAGAAGGGCCGCGGGACCUAAUAUGCUGCCUACAUUCCUUCCCGGUGAAGAAUACUAUUAUGGUAAAGGCACGGGAGCGGCAGACCUGGCCCUUUAGAGGAGUUCAAGUCGCCCUCUAUAACGAUCUAUCUCCCAUAACCCUGGAAGCCAGACGGGCCCUUCGCCCGGUUACUGCGACUCUGCGAGACCGAAAUAUCCAAUACAAGUGGGGCUUCCCCUUUGCCCUGAUGGCUAGAUACCAGAAUAGAUGGCUCACUCUGAGAUGGCCUGAAGAGAUACCGCAAUUUAUGGAAACAAUGGGCCUCCCUACACCACUGGUCCCUAACUGGAUAUUGGGACCAUUAGGCCCACAGCCAAGACCACAGCGGGGACCUAGACAGAGAGAAGUGAGACCUCGUCCUGCUCCGCACACCGGACGGUGCGGAGACCCAACAGCUCCAGAGGAGUAACCGCCUCUGCCCACCCACGCUCACGAUGGCUGCACGUGACCCUUUGGCAACCCACCCAGGUCUUUACUCGAUGUCUCCCCCCGGAGAAACUGACCCUGGCAUGAUUAUCCCGGCACCCUGCUACCUGGGAUCCGCUCCUUCCUACCGGUGCCCGAGAUGA